AUGAGAACAAGUGAGUCAGCUUCUGAAAGGAAAGGUGAGGCUCAGGGGAUUCAUCUCACCAUCACCAUAAACUGCACUGUGGCUCCGAGUGCGAACAAUGGAGGAGGAAGAUCUGGUCCCUCUGAUUUGACUGAAACCCUGAAUAAUCACCUGGAACACCUUGGGCUUUGUGGUGAUGGCACAGAAGCUGAAGAUCAGAUCCUUGAAAGUUUGAAUGGGAUUCUCCUGGCUAUUACUGAAGAUAAGCAGAGAUCCUUCCACCUACUCAGAGGGAGUAAGAUCUUCCCAACUUUGGCAAAAAUCCUGAAGGGCAAUCCACGAUGUGCAGUGAAGGCAGCCCAUGUGCUCUCAGAGAUAGCCAAAAAUGAGGAAAUGAAGAAACCAUGUAUUGAAGCAGAUUUGGUUCUAACACUGAUACCUUUGCUAGAGAGCACAGACCAAGAAAUGCUGCUCCAUGCUGGGAGGGCCAUUGGCCGUAUCUGUUACGAUAACCGCAGCCUUCAGGAAGAGCUGGUGAAGGUUGGAGUGAUCCCCUCACUGGUCCGAAUAUUAACUAACUAUGCAGACAGUGAACCUCUUGUCCACGUUGCUCUAUUGGCCUUAUACAAUCUGGCAGACCUUGAUUCAGCCAAGAAAGCUCUAAGCAUGACAAAAGUUGCUGAACAACUGGUGAAACAACUGAGGAGAGCAGAGAGCCAUGAGAAGCUAGAAAUUGUCUUUGAGGUCCUGCAAGCACUUGCAGAAAAUGAUGCUCUGAAAGUGCAGUUGGUGGAUGCAGGUGUGCCAGAGGUGCUGUCUGAGAUCCUGCUGAGGCUCCAAGGCAGUUCCCAGGCUGAAGAUACAUGCAUUAUGAAGGCUGCAUCAGAUCUCAUUGUCUCUCUGCUUCUUGGAGAUGGCAACUGCCUGCGCAUGUUCCAGCUGGGAGUCGUGCACCAGCUCCUGGAUGUGCUGGAGAAGCAGGUGCAGAGCGGGGACACGUCUGUGCAGCAGGCUGCUCUCAGCGCCCUGCAGAGCCUCGCCGUUCCAGUUGUCAGCAAGGUUCAGGUGCUGGAGGAAGGCGUCGCAGAGCGGAUCGAGGCGCUCCUACGGGCACAGAGCCGCCCCGCGCAGUUCAAGCUCCUGGGAACACUGCGGACACUGGCGGAUGGACGAGCUGAUGCAGCCGAAAUCCUGGGCCAAGACCCCCAGCUGCUCAGCAGGCUGGUGCAGUGGUGCAGCGUGAGCGACCACAGCGGCAUCUGCGGAGAGGCAAACCGGCUGCUGGCUUCCAUCCUGCACCACAACAGGUCCCAGGAAGUGGUCAAAGCCAUCCAGGCAGCACAAGGAGUGAAGCAUCUGGUUUCCAUGACAACAAGUGAACAUGCAGCCAUGCAGAAUGAGGCUCUGAAUGCCUUGGCAAUAGCUUCUGCCAUUGAUUUAGAAACUCUUGAAGAAUCUUUUAAAGAAUCACAGCUAGUUCAAAGCUUACACAAACUUCUACAAGAUGAUAACACUAGUCCUGAGGUGAAAUACAACUCAAUGGGCCUUUUGUGCAGACUUCUUAAUUCAGGUGAUCUGAGACAAGAAAUAGAAGAGGACAAGAUCAAAGACACCCUCGAGCAACUCUGCAGUCACAGCAAUGCAGACGUGGCCAGGGGAGCCACCACAACACUCCAGAUCCUGAGAGGAGAGACACCCCACUAACCUCCCUGCUCCCAGGGAGCCAGCACUGCUGCUCAGGCACA